GCGGGAAGGAUUUGAGGCUCGAAACCAAAGAUGCGCGUUCUUGUUAAUAAACUUCUGACGCCUUCAUCCGGGAAUCUGGUACGAACUCGCUCUCCAACAUGGCGGCGGCAGCUAAGAAAAAGGGGAAUAAGAAGGGGAAGACUCUGACACUCACUGACUUCCUCGCAGAGGACAGUGGGAGUGGGGGCAACGCUCCACCACCGCAACCCAGCUACGCCAAGUCCACCAGCUGGGCUGAUGAGACCGAUGACCUGGAAGGAGAUGUGUCCACCUCCUGGCACACAGGGGAGGACAGUUACCGGGCCCCCGCAAUAGACCGUAACAUACUGCCCACAGCGCCACGGUCGGCCCGUGAGCCCAAUGUGGACCGCUCACGCCUCCCCCGCAGCCCCCCCUACACAGCCUUCCUGGGCAACCUGCCCUACGACGUCUCAGAGGAAUCUAUCAAGGACUUCUUCCGGGGCCUAGCGAUAAGUGCGGUGCGCUUGCCACGGGAGCCCAGUAACCCAGAGAGGCUGAAGGGCUUUGGCUACGCAGAGUUUGACGACGUGGACUCCCUCUUGAGGGCGCUGACUCUCAACGAGGAGAACCUGGGAAACCGCAGGAUCCGGGUGGAUAUUGCAGAUCAGUCCAAUGACAAGGAAGGGAGAGACAAUGGUCAGAUGGGUGGACGAGACCGGAUGGGCCGCAUGGGAGACAUGGCAGGCCCCGAGAAGACAGACAGUGAUGACUGGAGGGCCCGGCCCACUGCAGACGCUGAUGAUGGACCCCCAAAGAGAGAGGAAUCCGCCUUUGGGUCACGCGACCGCUACGGAGACCGUGACGGGCUGCGAAGGGACAACGACCGUGGCUUCGGCGACCGGGACCGCGGCUUUGGCGGCAGAGACCGCUAUGACGACCGGGGAGGUGAGAACGGAGGUGAAACCAUUGCUCAAAACUUAACGGAUCGUCAUCAAUCUAGACCAGCCUUUGGCUCCCGCAGGGAUAGGGAUGACGGAGGGCGCCGUGCCUUCGGCAGUGGGUACCGCCGUGACGAUGACGAUCAGAGUGGCGGAGGUAGUGGUAGCCGCUAUGGGUCCCGGGAUCGCUACGGCGGAGACCGGGAGGGCCGGUACGAGAGGCAGGACGAAGGGCGCGAGGAGAGAGGUGGUCCCACCGAGAGGCCCAAGCUGGUCCUGAAGCCGCGCAGCAUGGCCAAGGAGGAGCAGCAGGCCGGCAGCGGUGGGGCUCCCCCAGCUGCUCCGGCAGCUGCCCGCAGCUCUGGUCGAGCCUCCAUCUUUGGAGCGGCCAAGCCCGUGGACACAGCGGCUAAGGAGCGGGAGGUAGAGGAGAAGCUCCAGAGGCAGCUGGAAGAGGACCAGUCCAAGGGCUUCGAUAGGAAACCUCGCGACAGAGACAGGGACCCAAGCUGGAGGAAUGAGGAGCCACCCUCUGAGCUGUCCCGCACAGGAAGUGAGUCAUCACAUCCCGGAAGUACCUCUGGAGGGAGAGCCUCACGGCGCAGAGAGAGCGAGCGCUCAGUGGAGAACGAAGUAUUCAGCGGUAAGGAGGACGACCCUCCCUCUCCUGUGGCUCGCCCCUCUUCUGCCAACUCUUCCACCUUCUCAUCCAAGGAGCCCCUCAAGGUGAUGCCUGCACCGCCACCUAAGGAUAGUGUCUGGGCCAAGCGGCCUGCAUUGAGUACCGGGUCCAGCGAGGGAUGCGCCCCUUUCUCUACCAGUGACACGGCACCUCCCAAACUGAGAAAGUCUAAAAGAAGAGGCCGAGACUCAAGACCUGCACCAGAGCCAAAGAAAUACGAAGAGUCCCCCACCCUUAAAUUCAGCUCACCCGGUAAAUACGCUGCUCUGCUAAUGGACAGAGAGCAAGGAGAUGACUCAGAGAAUGGUGUGGAAUAAAACCAGAAGGGGAGAAAGAAGAGGAAAUCCAGAAUAUCACAUUAAAUAUGAACAUCUCCUCACCUGGAGUAGAGGCACCUGGGAAAGUCAUCACUCCUUCAUUCUUUACUCAAAACCCAUCCCAGACCCCUUCCCUACCCCCUCUCUUCAGGACUUUUCAGUUUCUAAAAAGAGUAGUCACAUACUGGACUUGUUUUAAAUGGAAAAGGUAAGGGGAGUAGUCGACACUCAAGAAAAGAUAAUUUAAUUAAUUGUAAUAAAUAAAUAAAGUGGUGUAAAAAAUGA